UCCCUAAGCUAAUUCCCGUAAAAUUUAAUGCCCCAAUAGCCCAUUCACCACUGCAAUUCUCUCAGUUGGCACCGAAAACCUGUUUUUAUUUAAACAUUACAUAGAUAUCAGCGCAAAUGGUUGUGUUUGUUGAUGGCCUCACUCUCACUCACUGUCUCACAUACUUGCAUUUUAUCUGAAAAAAAGAAAUCACCAAGAAAUGUCAGGGCAUGCGGUGGUACUGGAUGGGUCCAGCUCUUCGGAGACCCAGUCUUGCAUUUUCUACAAGCUGAUGGUGGGAUCUCUUCUCCAUGACAGGAAGUUGAGGAUACCUGGAAAGUUUGCUAAGAGAUAUGGAGAUGAACUUUCUUCUACUGUUAAGCUUACUGCGUCUGAUGGUACAGUCUGGCUUGUGGAAUUAGUGAAAGCUGACAAUAAGUUGUGGCUCGACAAAGGUUGGCAAGAAUUUGUCGAAAACUACUCGAUUCGUGUUGGGUAUUUCUUAGUCUUCAGAUACGAAGGGAGUUCAGAUUUCAAGGUUUAUGUGUUUGAUCUGGAAACUUCUGAGAUUAAGUAUCCAUGUAAUUCUAUUGGUACUUCACAAGAACUUGGUCAUGAUGAACAAUCUCCCGCACCUCAUCUGAAAGAACGUGACGUAGAUGAAAUCUCCGGCUCUUUCCUUCCAUGUCUUGAUUCCUCCGGAAAAUAAGUCUUUGGAUGAUUCUAGGAAAUCAACGAACACUGCAAAUGUAGAUUGCCUGAAUGUAAGAAAGAAAACACUUGAUUUUCGAGAAACAUUUCAAUCUACUCGAGAUGUUGGUAUACAGUGCAAUUGGAAUGAGCUUUUAAGUACGAUAGAUGCAUUCUGGACGCGACCCCCAUAUAGCGCAGAACAAAGAACCAAAAAACGAAAACCAACAAAUGAAUCAUGCAAAAACUAUGAACCAGUGUCAUUGGGCAAUGACAAAGCUACUCAUGUUAAAUCAACUAGUGAAAGUCUUACUAGGAGGUGGAGAGCUGUAACAGAAGAAGAAAAGGCAAGAGCAGUUUAUGCUGCUGAAAUGUUCAACGCUGAUAAUCCAUUUUGCAGGGUUGUUUUGCGACCAUCCUAUGUAAAGAAAUACUCUAUUCUGCAUAUGCCAUCAAGCUUUGCUGACAAGUAUCUCACCAGAGAUACAGAAUUCGUCACACUUGAGGUAUCUGGUGGAAAACAGUGGCGUGUGGGAUGCUUGUACGAGGUUGGUAAGACUAAGUUAAGCAGGGGAUGGGCAGAAUUUGCAUUGGCAAACAAUUUAGAGGAAUGCGAUGUUUGCAUAUUUGAGUUGAUUAACACCGAGAAAAUGAUCCUCAAAGUCACCAUAUUUCACGUUCUUGAUGACAACAAAAGCCUGUAAAACCAACCUUCAAUAUGAGCUCUUUGCCAUCUUGUUUGAUAAAUUGGUCAUUUCUGACUCAUUAAUCUGUAACAUGUAUGUCUCUUAUCUUUUUCGGAUAUUUGCCAAUCGGUAUGGUCUUCUCAACCGAUAUUUUGGUGCUUGUUUUUGUACAUAAGACUAUAUAUAGACUAAUGUUGCAUAUUAACUUUGUGGUUUGAUUAGGAAUGAAAUGUUUGUCCCAUCAGUAUGUUUUUUCAUAUUCAACAGAAUCUAAUAUAGCAUAUAAUUUUUGCUAUUAUUUCAUCUUUG